AUGGAUUCUAACUUAAAGGUGGACACAUUGACGCUCCGACCGUCAUCAACUGGCGGCGAGUCGAUCAAAGUGGUGGUACGAUGUAGGCCGAUCGCACAGAAUGAAGUUGCUGCUGGGCAUCAGAAGUAAGUUAAACUGAUAUGUAUAGGAAAAUGUUUUUUUUGUAAAAUACGAUACUAUUUUCAGUGGUCUUUAUAUUUAACAUGAUAAUAACACAAAAUAAUUUUUUACCUUUCAGUGUGGUCGAAAUGGCACCCGACCGCGGCGUGGUAGACAUCAAAAACCCCAAAGAUGGGACAGUCAAAAGCUUCACCUUCGACUCGGUCUACGACCAAAACUCGAAACAAAUGGAUCUCUACUACGAAACAUUCCGCGAUCUGGUCGAUUCGGUAUUAAACGGGUUCAACGGCACCAUAUUUGCAUAUGGUCAAACUGGUACGGGUAAAACAUUUACCAUGGAGGGCGUGGAGUCGGACCCAGCCUUACGCGGUGUGAUACCAAAUGCCAUCGAUCACAUUUUUCAACACAUUGCUCAAUCUUCGAAUCAGGAAUACCUUGUGAGGGCAUCGUAUCUCGAGAUAUACCAAGAGGAGAUACGUGAUCUGAUGAGUAAGGACAGUAAAAAGAGACUAGAGCUGAAGGAGCGGCCGGAUACUGGAGUCUAUGUUAAGGAUCUAACCUCUUUUGUCACGAAGUCAGUCCAAGAGAUCAAGCACGUGAUGAAGUUGGGCAACGAGAACAGAAGUGUCGGCCGAACGAGUAUGAACGAACAUUCCUCACGAUCUCAUGCCAUUUUCAUUAUCACUGUCGAGUCAUCGGAGCCGGGUCCCGAUGGUCAGAAUCAUAUUAGAGUAGGCAGACUAAACUUGGUUGAUCUGGCUGGAUCAGAACGCCAAGCCAAGACUGGAGCGACGGGAGAGAGGCUAAAAGAGGCUACGAAGAUUAAUUUGUCAUUGAGUGCUCUGGGUAAUGUAAUAUCAGCUCUGGUUGAUGGAAAGAGCUCUCAUGUGCCUUAUAGGGAUUCAAAGUUGACUAGGCUGUUGCAGGGUAAGAUUUUUUAAAAUUUUGAAUUUAAAAAUUUUAAAAAAAUCAAUUUCUAAUACUUUCAGACUCCCUCGGAGGAAACUCGAAGACAGUAAUGGUAGCUAACAUUGGUCCUGCUUCUUAUAACUUCGAUGAAACCAUAAACACCCUAAGGUAUGCUAACAGAGCUAAAAAUAUCAAGAACAAGCCGAGAAUCAAUGAAGAUCCCAAGGACGCUAUGCUGAGAGAGUUCCAGAAUCAAAUCGCUGAACUGAAGUUGAGGUUAGAACAAAGAAUGACAGGAUCAGGGAAGAGGAAGAAGAAACGGCCGAAGACGGCUUCUUCGAUGCUAAGCGAUGACACUUUUAAUGAAGAUGGUAGGUUAAGGGAUGGUUUUUGGGGAGGAAACGUAAUAGAUUUUGAUGAUGGACGGGGUUGGUAGGGUAAUUUUUUGAUCUGGGGAGGUUUAAAAAUUAUAAAAAAUUUUGAAAAUUGAAAUCGACAGGGGAGACAAAGUUAAAUUUUUUGAAUUUUUUUUUGGAAAUGAAGGGCAAGGGUUUAAAAAUUAAAAACUCCAUUUUUAGACAUUGAAGUACCUUCAAAGUUUAAAUAUUAAACUAAAAAUAGCCCAAAAAAUUUAUAAACUUUGAAAAUUACCUAAAAAUUCAUUUCUAGACGACCCAGAAGCCUACCUCCUGGAACAACAACAAAAACUCGAUGCAGAACGAGAAGAUAUCCUCAGAAACAACGCGUUAGUUGAGGAGGAAAAGGUUCGAAUGCUGAAAGAAAUCGAAGACCGAGAAGCCGAAUUAGCCCGAGAAAGCGAAGCCAAAGCCGCGAUCGAAGAGAAACUUCACAAAAUGCAAAGUAAACUCCUGCACGGCGCUGGAAACCUUCUGGAUCAAACUCGAGAACAACAAAAACUACUACAACAACGACAAAUCGAGUUGGCUGAGCAGAAGAAGAAGGAACGAGAGAUUCUACAACAGCUAGAGAAACAAGAUGAAAAUACGGCUGAAUUUCACGAAACUUUUUCGAAUUUACAACAAGAAAUUGAAGUGAAAACGAAAAAGUUGAACAAGUUUAUGAAGAAAUACAAGCAGAUAUGCGAGGAGAUUGAGGAGACGGCAGAGCUGAACUCAAAGGAAAGGCAACAGCUCGAAGAGAGCAUUAGCAAUAUGAAUAAGGAGCUGAAGUUGAAGUAGGCAAACAGCAUUUUUUUGAAUUUUGAAACUUUUUUUUUUAUUUUUGAAUGUUUUAACUUAAGAAAUUACAAUUUUUUUGUUUUGCCAUAUUAAAACCGAUUUUUUAAAUUUAAAAAAAUUAAAAUUUGUCAUUUCAGAUGGCUAAUAGUGGAGAACUUUGUACCAGCAGACGUAGUACAAAACCUGAGAUCUCGUGCGGUGUUAGACGAAGAUGAAGAUACCUGGUAUAUCCUGAAGCCAGGUGAACAGCUUCGACCAAAAAGCCGGGAUUCGGCCAAUCAGUCGGUAACUGAAAAGCCAAUCCUACGUGAUAUGAUGGAUUCUGGGUUGGGUGGCAAUAGUGAUACCAGCUCGACGGAUUCGGCUAUUCAUGCUCAGAAUGGCAAGAUGGAUUCUGGAAGGAAGACGGUUGAUGCUUCUAGCAUUAAACGGCCGGUAAGGUGGUGGAUUGAUAAGGAGUUGGAAGGGAAAUUGAAAAAAAAAUUCAGUUUUUUUGGGUAUUAUAAUAUAAAAACUUUAUUUUAAACCUAGUAAAAGCGAAAUGAACUUUUUUUUUAUUUUCAGGUAUAGAACAUAAUAAACCAAUCUUUUUUCAGUACACCAACCCAUCAGCCAAGCGCUUCUGCCUGGAUAUUGAACGUCAACUCCUAACUCAACUACGUCAACGAUACCUCCGAGCCGGUCCUCAUUUACCACGUACGGCCGGCUCAAACCUUGAUAAUAUUUUUAAACAAACUCUACCGGUCGAAAUCCCAGAGACUGUGCUGCGGUUUCAAACCGAGAAUUUGUUGACUUUCACUUCACUGUUACCUUUUCCAUUACCUGUCAGAGACGAUUACGACAUGGCGUGUCGACAGGAGCCUCAAAUGGUGGGUUUUGGGGGUGUUGUUUUUUAAAGUUUGAGGUUAAAAUGUUGAUGAUUUUGAAAGGUGGCAAGUAUGACUAUAUAUAUGAGUAUAUUAAUAUAUGGUUAUCCUAAAAAAUGUAAAAUACGGUUCUUUUCUUUUAAUUCGUUUGGUAAAUUAUAAUUUUGCUUGUUAAAAUUGAUCUGUGUGCUGAAUGUAUGGCUCUUGGUAAUUUGCUUUUAUGAUUAUUAAUGAGUAUCACACCUCCAAAUUCUUUUAAAUUUUUCAAAUUGCUAAACAAUCAUGGCUUGUCUUGAGGCACGGUAUAAUAAGCAGGGUUAGAAGAAGAGCUUUGAGUUGAAUAUAAAUACUGUUGGGUAGUGCGUAAGGUAGGAUAUGGUAGUUAAGGUACGGUAUGGAAGGUACGGUAGGGUAGAGUGGGAUAUUUUACUUUACUAUAGUUGGUCAAUCCUAUUCUUUACCUUUGUAGAUUUUACUUUACAAUGUCUUACUCUACCUUAUCCUUGUUUUACAUUACCUUCAUCAAUCUUUACUAUAUAUAAUCUUACUGCAAUUCUAUCGAUGAUCUUUCUUUACUUCAUUUUUUUUAACAUAGCUUUACUUGUCUAUCUUUAAUCUGCCUUACAUUACUUUGUCUUGCCCUAUCUUAAAUGGGGCAUGGCAAAUUAUACUAAGGCUUGUCUCUGCCGUACUUUAUUAGAAGUUUAAAAAAGUAUUGAACGGUGAUUGAUUUCGAGCUUGAUUAGACGUUUUGCGGCUUGUGAACUAGACAAAACGUACUAAAACAACCUUUGAACAUUUGACAAUUGUAAAGUGUAAGAGUUAAUGAACUGGGCUUAACAUAGACUUUAAUGAACUUUGAUGAAUGUAUACUUAACUUAACUGAACUGUGAUUAAUACAAAAUUAACCAUAGUAAACUGUGAUGAAUACAUGCUUAACUUUAAUGAAUUAACUACUCAAGAUUUAUGCAUUUGCUUGACCUUUGCAAUAAAAAAUCAAAGGUGAAUGAAGACGACGCAGAUUAGGGUUAAAAGCGGAAUAUUUGCGGUUUAACCUUGGGUUAUAUUUGUUGAGUUUUUUCGAUUGCGAGAUUCUCGAGGACUUGCGGCUUAUAAACUAUUAUUAGUUUUGGUCUUUUUGGUUUGUUUUGCUGUUUUUCUAGGGAAAUUAAAUUAUCAUUGGUCGAAUUUAUGGAAAAUUGAAUUUUUAUGGCAAAAAAAGUCUUGUGGCUAAAAUUUACAAACUUACACCUUUUUGGAACGACAAGACUUUUCUAUGAUUUUGCUUACUUUAAUGAACAAUAAAUUUGCUGCAAAAAGUGUUCAAGUUUAGCGAAUUUCGAGUAAUAACUCACUCGGCAGUAGUCAUUGAGCCGUCUCACGUCAAUUGCAAAUUCGUCUGAACAAACUCUUCCACAACUUUUCUGUUUGUAUUUGAAUGCGCAAAACAAAAAAGCCGACUGAAAAACAAGAAUUCGCAGAGGGAAAUAGGUAAUGCGAGAAGGGCGAUAGAUUGUCAUGAUCGAAUAAUUGGUUUUGUGUUUGGCUAGCUGGGAGCGGGUGGGUUUUGAGGGUGGAUGAAGGGAAGGUGGGGUAGGCAGGGUGAAUUUUAAAGUAUAGUAACGGUAGGGCAUGUUAGGGUAAGGUAGAGUAGGGUAGGAUAAGGUAGGGUAAGAAAGGAUGAUAUAGGGUGGGGUAUGGUAGAAAUGGGUAGGGUAGAGUAGAGUGUCCUAGUGCAAAACAAAGUAUACCUUAAAGUAUAGCGAGGGUAGUGCUGUGGUAGGGUCUUAUGCUCCAUAGCAUGGUGGAAUAAGAUCGAGUAGGGCGGGGUAAGAUAGAGAAUGGUGAAAGAAAUUAUGUUAUGAUGGGGUUACCUAAAUUUUAAGCGGUCGUUUUGCUUUGUACUGAUAAGAAAUUUAAACUUAAUGAGACUUUUAUUAUCAGAUGAUGAUUAGUAACUAUGUAUCCAAAAUUAUGAUAAAUUAUCAACAGCUUUUAAUCAUAACUUUGAUAAGCAAACAAGAGUUCUUUCAUAAUUUUAAUAUUCAAAUACACAAUGACGUUCUCUACUCUAAUAUUACAAUAAACUGCCUUACUCUUCUUAGUAUUAGAACAACUUUAGUGUGAAGAAGACUAAAAUAACCCCUAAUGUUCCUAAUCUAAAAACACCUCUUAAUGUUACGUUUUACGGCCCACACAACCAUAUUUCCGGAUGGCAAUAUAACUUUAUCUUCUAACUUAGUUAUUGGUCUUCGGAACACUAAAAAUAACUAAAAUUUGGGAGUGUUUUUUCGCGCCGUUCGCUUUUUCGACGGCAUUUUAUGCUUUUGUGGACACAUAAACAUGGCUUUUAAACUUUUCGGAACUGAAUUUUAGUUUUUGAACGUUUGAGGGCACAAAACUUUUAUUUUUACUUUUAAAUUUUGAAUUUUGAGCCUUUAGGAGCAUUGCGGUUUUAGUUACAGUGGUCUCUCUAUAUAUUGAAUAAUCUGUAUAAGCAACUCUUUCUAUAGUAAACAAGAAUUUUGGCCCCGCUAAGUUAAUUUGCACUAAAAAGUCUCUCUGUAAAGACAACACCUCUUACAGUAAACACAAAAUGUCGGUCCCUUUGGGUUGCUUAUAUAGAGAGAGUUCUGUAUUAAAAGUCUGUUUUAAAGGCGGGUUAUAAAGUACAUCUUCUGAAAAUAGAAAGUGAAAGAUAUACAUACCCUAUACUGUACCACCCUGUUCUACCAUAUCUUAGCGUACCUUACCUUAGCUCACUUUAUCUUACCUUAUAUUACACUAGGGUAGUACCAGUGAUGACAAAGAGUUUUAAAUUUAAAGUGUAAAAUAUAAUUUUUUAAAUCUUAUAUGAUUUAAGCUACUAUAUUGGGAUUCAACUAGCUCUGCUUGUGUUUAUUUUGGUAGGAAAUGAAAUUUGAUCAUUGUUGGCGGUUAUUAUGCUUUAUAACUUUUCAAUAUCUUUUUGAAAAAUUAUUUUUUUGUAGGGGUUAACCUUAAAAGUAAUGUUUUUGUUUACUUUGACAUACAAAAAAGUUUUUCCUUCAAAUUUUUUCAACUUUACAAUUACUGAAAAUGUGAUUUUUAUGUUUAUUUUAUGGCGUCAAAGUUUAUUGCUAAAUAAAUUAGUUUCUAAUAGGUUUAAAACAUCUUUUUCUUAACUUGAAAGUUUAAACAAACAUUGUUUUUUAAUCAAAGCAUAACAAAACCUUUUUUUAUAUUCGAAACAUCAAAAGUACCUAAGUUAAAAAAUUGACUUUUUGACCUUUCCGUACCACAAUCAAUAGCAUGUCUAUGUCAUCCUCAAAAAAACCUUAAACAUGCUUGUCCAGCCAUAUGAAGCAUCUCGAGAUAAGGAGGCUAAAACAUGCACGACCUGAAGGACCUUCUGGCCUUUUCCUCCUUUGGCCGUGUUUCCCUUUUUUUUCAAUUUCCUCAAAAAGAGCCGUUUCCUUGUCUUCAAUAUAUUUCGCGCGCUUUUGGGAUUAAAAUAUAUUACUUACUCAUAUGGGGAUGUUGCGGGGGAAUUUUUUAUUUUGGUUUUUUUUAUAUAGGGCGUGGGUAAUAUUUGGGUUGUAAAUGGGUGGAUAUUAUGUGUAUUGUACAUGGCAUGAGCAUAGGUACUUACAAGGAAAGGUCCCCACCGCGCAUUGGACUGGUGAAAAACUGGUACAUACAAGUUGUAGAGCAUGGUCAAAUUAGUCAAAAACCGAAAAAAAAAUUACCCCUCGUGGGGGUUUUUUAAAAAAUUUUAUUACGUCGAAGUUUAAAAUGUUAAUUGCGCUCGCGCUAGACUCAAAAAAGAAAAGGGGAGUGCCGUGCUGCAAUGGCGCAGUGGUUGCGCUCUCGGCUAACGCUCGAAGCACGUCGGUUCGAGUCGUGCCGGGAGCACACCCUUUUGUCCCUGAAUUAAAAUUUUUAAAAAUAAAAAAUUGUUUUUUUUUUGGUCAACUUUUGUUUUGUUUACAUUAAAAAAUCGAUUUCUCUAUUUAUUAAGCUUGUUUUUAAUAUAAUUUAAAUGGUAUUAUUAUACUUACAAUUCUAUUUAUUUAGCAUAAUUACCUAAAAGCACAAUCAAAUAGCUCUGAACUUCUCAAAAAUCAUUUUAUCAGCAAGUAAACUCUUAUAAGUCUCCAGAUUCUUGAUUUCGCAGCUCAACAUAACGAUACAAUCGACCGGAUGUUUUUUUACCAAUCGAUUCGUCGUUCGAAUUUCGUUUCCAUCUGUUUAUACGUUUUCUUCCGGCCAUUAUUCGAUUCCUAAAACCACAUACUUAUCCACCAACUCGUAAGGCACGUUGAGAUCACCUCAGGACAAAACUUCUCCAUUAUUACAAACAAAAAUAAAAUAAAAUUACUAUUUAAAGAGUAAUAGAACGAACAAAUGACCAAAAAAAUAAUUUUUUAUUUUUAAAAAUUUUAAUCCAGGCAAAAAAGGGUGUGCCUACGCCGCGACCCGAACCAACGGGCUUUGAGCGUUAACCGAGAGCGCAACCCCUGCGCUAUUGCAUCACGGAACUCUCUCCUCUUCUUUUUCCGAGUCUAGCGCGAGCGCAAUUAAGGUUUUUAAACUUCGACGUAAUAAAAUUUUUUAAAAAACCCCCCACGAGGGGUAAAUUUUUUUUCGGUUUAUGACUAAUUUGACCAUGCCCUACAACUUGUAUGUACCAGUUUUUCACCAGUCCAAUGCGCGGUGGGGACCUUUCCUUGUUAGCUGAAUGGGGAAGAUGUUAGGGAGAGUGGAGGAUGAAUUUUUCCUUCAGGGCCGGUUCGAAAAAAGCGCUUUUCACAGGUCCGAGGAAAAACUAAUUUUUUUGAAAAGUUGGUACACACGUACCUGCCGACUAAAAAAAUUGGCUUCUCUUCUUUACCCUCUCAUAAAAAACCUAUAUUAACGCUCUUGUAUGGAUCAUAUGAAUCUUACCAAGGCUAGAGCCAACUUAUGUUUUGACAAAGUUUAUGAGGGUGGACACUAUUUAGCACCAAAUUGUAGAAGAACAUACUCAUAACUCUAUCUUUUUCGAAAGUAUAUUGCGCAAUAUAAGUAAUAUUAAAGUGCUAUAAUGAAUAUAUUGAGAAAAGGGGGAUUAACGGAAAAAUUGAGGGAAACCUUGAGUGAGUUCAAUUAAGAAUAUUUGGUUAAUUAUGCUGAAGAGAAGCAAAAGGAAAUUAUAAUAUAUGGAAGAGGGGUGUUGGUAUUACUCUGAGAUAUUUGGCAUAGUUUUUUUACCGUUACAUGUAAGGUAUGGUAAAAGAGUGGUAAGGUAGUGGUGGGUACAGCAGUGUAGGAUAGGGUAGGGUAGUGUAGAGUAGAGUAUGGUGCGGUAGGGCUGCGUAUGGUGUAGGGGUGAGAAACGGGCCGGCCUUGAGCAAAAAUUGAAACGGGCCGGGCCCAAACGUUAGGCCCGGCCCGCGGGCCAGGCUUGAAAAUUAAGCCCGGGCCCGAAAAAAAAAUUUUUAAUUUUUAAAAAUUUUUUAUUUCAAUCCCCGUUGAUGUUUUUUGAUUUUAUUGUGUACCAUGAUACAUAAAUGAUCUAAAAGAACAAUGCAAAUCCAAAUUUCCGUUUAUUUUUUAAGUUUUAAAAUUUUUUAAAACGGGCCGGGCCGGGCCUAGAAAUUUUCUGACCGGGCCGGGCCGGCCUGAGAGAAAAUUGAAAAGGGCCGGGCCUAAACGUUGGGCCCCGGGCCUGGGCCGGGCUUUAAAAGUGGGCCGGCCUUUUUCUUACCCCUAGUAUGGUGGGGUAAGGUAAGGUAAGGUAGGAUAAAGUAAAGUAGGAUAGGAUAUGUAAGGGUAAGAAAAUAUAGUGUAGGGUAUGUUUUAGUACGGCACGGAAAUCUAUGGUAAGUUAAACCCUAAAAAUUGUUAAAUGCAAGCCAAAAACUCUGUUUUUGUAAUGUUUUGUUGUUUUAUUAUUUCAAAGGCUUUUUCCGACAAAAACAUCUCCAAGAAGAAGACCAAAAACAUUGGCCGAUAUUGUCGUUGUUCUCUUUCUUUCAUUUACAAUUAGCUCGACUUCUUAGGGACUGUCAUCGUUUUUGAAUGGAAAAGGAAGCGAUUUUUUAAGUUUUGGGAUAUAAGAAAAAAUAUUUGUUUUUUAUAAGGCGUAGCAACUUUUAAGUUUUUUUUUAUCUUUAUUAGGGGAUAUUUUCUACAUUUUUGGAAGAAGAAAAUAAGGUUUUUAUAAAUAGAAAGAAACUUUUUGGUUAUUGCCAUAGAAUGAAGACUAUUUUUUUAAGUUUAUGCGCCAUGAAGGCAUGACAAAUUUUGGGUUUUCUUUUGCCAUAAAAGGAAGACAAAUUGUCUUUGGGUUAUGGCUCAAUGAGUUUUGGGUAAAAUAUAAGAAGAUUUAUUUUAGCUUUUAACGUGAAAUGUAUUAUAACUUGUUUUUUGAGUAUGAAUUUACAGUGGAACUUCUAUUAUAUAUAACGAAUUUCUGAAGGAUUUUGAAUUUGUUUGUUAUACAGGAGUUACACUGGAUAUAAAAUGAUUAAUUUAGUACUUGUGGUAUUGGUAUGGUAGUUUUUGGUACUGAGGUCUCUAAAAAAAUUGUAUUAGUGUGUUCUCCCCCUUAAAAAAUUUGUAGCGACGUCUCUGGUUAUAAUACAGUUUUUCGAUCAAAAAGUUAAUAGCAACUUUAGCUGCAAAAAGUACUCUUGAUUCACUUUUCCUUUCAAGUUUCACUUACUUUUGUCCAUUCGAUUCGUAUUUAUAAGGCUGGAUAGUGUUUCUAUUCGUAUAUAAUUGGGCUGCUCUAUAUAAUUUAGAUAGCUUCUUUUUACUUUUUAGCAGAAAGUAAAAAGUACAAUUUAUCUUACAAAUCUUUAACUCCUGUCUAACUAAUCGCUGGGGGGGGCGUUUUAAAUUUGUUCGUUAUAAAGGAGUUUUGUUUUACAGGAGUUUACUGUAUUAAAGUGGACUUCAAAAUUUUAUUUUUUAUUAAUUUCGGCUUCGAAAAUAUAAAUUAGCAUAUUUCCAGGCACCAUUACAACGCUCUGACAGUUCGAACGUCAUAAUCGACGCGUCGAAGAUCCCGGUUCCUCGAUCUGCCAGCCGGAGCGGCCGUCCGACGUCAUCACGGUAAGGAAUUGGUUUUGUAUUUUAGUCUUUAGAAUUUCAAUGUUUCUGUUUUUUAAUAUAUAAUCUGUGUUUGGACAACCUAAUUUAAAACUACGACAGGAUUUUUUUAAAACUUGUAACAGGGUGAUAUACAGGCCCUAGAUCACAAAUUUUAAGCCUUAUAGUCUGCUCUAGAUCGCUAAAUCUAAGUCUUACAGCCAGAGCCAACUUUUUUUUCACUCAAAAUUUUGUGGCCAGUUUUAAAGUGAACUUUAAGGUUUUAUGUAAAUUUAAAAACGUUUCCUUUUCGUUUUUUAUGUUCUGUUUGUUGGCCGAGAAGAAAUCAAUUGGUCACUCAAAGGAUUAGCGAAGGAAAUGAAAGAAACAGGCAUUCACAUUUGAUUAGACUUUUUUUAAGUGAACAGGCCGGAAAUGAUUUUGGAAAGCUAUGUUGAGGACAUUUUAAAACAUCACCUUGAGGUUGGGGCUUGUUUUGGUACUAAAACAUUCAGAUUUUUGGUUUUAUUAGGGGUAAAAAGUCUUGUUUAUGAUGGCUUUGGUAGUAAAAAGGGGGUUAUAAUGGUAGUUUUGGUAGUAAAUGUUGAUAUUAAUGGUAGUUUUGGUACUGCAAAUCGCUGUCUUUGCUUGUAUAUUACAAAAUUGUGUUAACUUUAGUAUUUAACAUUGAUUUAUACCUUAUAAUCUAAAAUUUCAUCUAUAAUAAUAUGCAAAUCAUUUCAGACGGAGCUCCUCGCUGUCAAAAAACGUGCGUGCCCGCAGCGUACUUUCCACCCCGCCCCAAUCCCUCCAUUUGUCAUCAUCUCACGACGACCCGGCCACUUUCUCCGUCGACCGUCCGCCGCCACCGCCGAAUGGUCGUGGCGGAGGCGCACCGCCCAUCGGCCGGCUUCCCGACGCCUAUCUAACCCAACGUCCGCCAACCCCACCAACCGCCAAACACUCCGCCAUCCGACCGCCCAACGCCAACUCGGCAUUGGUGUUCCCGAAGGCGAGGGGAUUGGUGGCUGGAAGACGUUGA